AUGCUGUCUCACGCCGACCUCCUGGACGCCCGUCUCGGGAUGAAAGACGCGGCCGAGCUGCUGGGACACCGGGAGGCGGUCAAGUGCCGGCUGGGCGUCGGGGGCUCGGAUCCGGGGGGACACCCGGGAGACAUGGCUCCCAACUCGGACACGGUAGAAGGGACCACCCUGCUGCCGGGAGAGGACAUCACCACGGUGGGAUCCAACCCCAGCUCCUUAGCCGUCAGCGCCAAAGACCCUGACAAGCAGCAAGGCCAGCAGGGCGGCCAGAACUCCAGCCAGGCCGGGCAGCAGCAGGGUCAGCAGAAGCAGAAGCGGCACCGCACUCGCUUCACGCCAGCACAGCUCAACGAGCUGGAGAGGAGCUUCGCCAAGACUCACUACCCGGACAUCUUCAUGCGGGAGGAGCUGGCCCUGCGCAUCGGUCUCACCGAGUCCCGGGUGCAGGUCUGGUUCCAGAACCGCCGCGCCAAGUGGAAGAAGCGCAAGAAGACCACGAACGUGUUCCGCGCCCCGGGCACGCUGCUGCCGACGCCGGGGCUGCCGCAGUUCCCCUCGGCCGCCGCCGCCGCCGCCGCCGCCAUGGGGGACAGCCUGUGCUCCUUCCACGCCAACGACACGCGCUGGGCCGCCGCCGCCAUGCCCGGCGUGUCGCAGCUGCCGCUGCCGCCGGCGCUGGGACGGCAGCAAGCCAUGGCGCAGUCCCUGUCCCAGUGCAGCCUGGCGGCCGGCCCGCCGCCCAACUCCAUGGGCCUCUCCAAUAGCCUGGCGGGCUCCAACGGCGCCGGGCUGCAGUCCCACCUCUACCAGCCCGCCUUCCCCGGCAUGGUGCCCGCCUCCCUGCCCGGCCCCAGCAACGUGACGGGCUCGCCCCAGCUCUGCAGCUCCCCGGACAGCAGCGACGUGUGGCGGGGAACCAGCAUCGCCUCCCUCCGCCGCAAAGCACUAGAGCACACAGUCUCCAUGAGUUUCACCUAA